AAUACAACGUACACACCAUCACCAAAGAACUGGCGGGCUCUGCCUGUUUACACUGUGUUGUUGGACAAGUUUGCAGAUGGGGACCCUGCAAACAACGAUUUUUUCCAGACCAGGUUCGAAAAUGAUUGGCGGGAAACACAACUUCGAUAUGGAGGCGACUUGAAAGGCCUCGUAGCCCACCUGGACUAUCUCAAAGGGAUGGGUAUCGGAGUCAUUUUCAUUGCUGGUACCCCAUUCCUGAAUAUGCCUUGGCAAGCCGACAGUUAUUCCCCGCUGGAUUUUUCGUUGAUGGACCCACAUUGGGGCACUAUUAGUGAUUGGGUAGCUGCCAUUGACGCGAUCCAUGCUCGUGGCAUGUAUAUCAUGCUUGAUUUUACCGUUGGUACUAUGGCCGAUCUGCUAGGUUGGGCACCUUAUGUCAACAAAUCCGCACCAUUCGACCUUGGAGAAUAUGAUGUUUACUGGAAACAUCCUCUUUAUGCACCCUGGGGCAUAAACGAGUAUCAAGACUUCAAAUACUCUAAUCAACGCAAUGACUCUUGCGUGUAUCCUAACUUCUGGCUCGACAAUGGUCAACCUUACGCUCUGGACGUUAAAGGGUGCUACGCUUCAGAAUUUGAUCAAUAUGGUGAUAUGGAAGCUUUUGGUGUGCACCCUGAUUGGCAACGUCAAUUGUCGAAGUUCGCUGGCGUACAAGAUCGUCUUAGGGAGUGGAACCCGGAUGUUAUGGCCAAAAUUCAAGUUUAUGCCUGUCUCACAAUAGAAGCGUUGGACAUAGAUGCAAUCCGUAUAGACAAGUCCAUCCAAGUCAGCGUAAACGCUAUCGCUGCAUGGGCUACUCAUACACGUAGCUGUGCCAAAAAACUCAAAAAGAACAACUUCUUAAUCACUGGUGAAGUCACUGGUGGUGACACCUUUGGUUCACUUUACGUCGGACGAGGUCGUAUGCCGAAUCAAAGACCUCCUUUCGAUGUCGCUCUGGCGAUGAACGGCUCCGAUUCUCAAAAGCAGUACUUCAUGCGCCAGGCAGGCCUGAAUGGUAUCGAUGCGAUCACCUUCCACUAUUCGGUAUACCGUUAUCUUACUCGGUUCCUCGGAAUGGAUGGUAAUCUUGAGGCCGCGUACGAUCUACCACCUAAUUUCGUCACGUCAUGGUACCAGUUGUUCGUCGACAAUGAUUUCCUGAAUCCGAAUACGAAUGAAGUCGAUCCGAAGCACAUGUUUGGGAUGAGUAACUUCGAUGUGUAUCGCUGGCCUGGGUUGGCAAAUGGCACUAUCAGACAAUCGUUGGGAACGUUCAUCACCACAAUGCUCAUGCCAGGCGUUGCUCUUGUUUACUAUGGUGAAGAGCAAGGCUUCUAUCUCUUCGAUAACACCGCCAGUAACUAUCUCUUUGGUCGUCAGGCGAUGAGUUCAAGUCAAGCAUGGGUACGACAUGGCUGCUAUAGGCUUGGGUCGGAGCAAUACUUCCACAUGGCAAUGGAUAGAGCAGCGAUUGGAUGUCAAGAUGAAUGGAACUCGUAUGAUCAUUUUGAUCCUACCGCCCCAGGUCGCGUGCAAAUGUCGCAUUUCUAUUAUUUGCGGUCUGCUUAUCCCUCGCUCCUUGAUGGCUUCGGUUUGGAGCAGCUGAACAGUUGGACGUAUGACAUCUACCGGCCUGGCUCGAACGGAACUCCGACUGAGGUUGGGUUAUGGAGUGUUGUGCGCUUGCCGGCCUCUGGUCAAAACCUUACGAACAAGGAUGGCAGUGUAGCUGACCCUCUUUGGUUGAUCUACACCAAUGAGAACGCGACCGUCGAUUAUACCUUCGACUGCACGGUAAAAAAUGGAAGCCAAAGGAUGCGUGCUCCAUUCCCGGCGGGUACCGCGGUCCGCAAUCUUUUGCCUCCCUUCGAAACAUACAACCUUUCAGUUUCCCCAGAGUCAUACUACAAUAACUCCAAGGCCCCAUGGCGUGGCUGUAUACCCAAGAUCUCUCUGCCCCUCUACGGUUUCAAGCUCCUGGUCAAUGAGUCUGUCUGGGUCGCACCUCGUCCGGCUUUGACGAGGUUUACUCCUGGUCAUGAUGCGCGCAUUCUGUCCGACUCGACCAGUAUUGACAUCACGCUUGAGUUUAAUACGGUUAUGAGUUGUUCAGGCGUUACCUCUGCCCUCAGUGUGAACGUUUCUUCGAAUGGGCAAUUCUCACAGCCAACGAUCAAGCAGGGUAAUUGUGGUGCCGUUAAUAAUCCCAUUCCAUCCACCGUUCCUUCGGGCCAAAUAUCAGCCUGGUCGUGGUCUGGUACGCUUCAAAACGUGCCAGAUGGUAUUGUUCAGAUCACUCUUACGAACGCCCCAAACUCUGCGGGCGAUGCUAACACAAACGCUGUCGACCACCUGCUGUUGAGGAAAGGGUCGGCUAACAACGUAAUGGUUUUCCCACUGACUGGCGAUUAUGAUUCCGCCUCGUUUGGGUCGUCCGGCGGGAAGUAUACGUUCAACCAUAAGGCGUUGGGUGCAGAGAGGUUCCGAAUAUCGACUGAUUUCGGUCAGACAUGGAACAAUUGGACAGAUUGGGAAUCGACCACCACCAUCGAAUCCUCCUUGUUCCCCAAGAACCCAGGCUGGCCAGGCCAACAUCUCAUGAUACAAUACUGGUCAAGUAUUGUCACUUCGUCCACGUAUAUUGUGCACGCCGAUCGUGGCUUUGGUCAGCAACGUCGUGUUCCUCAAUACUUGGCACGAGGCGCUUUUAAUAAGUGGGGCUUUGACAAGGGGACGUUGUCUACAUUCAAGCUUAACGAUAGAAACUACUGGGAGCUCGAGGUCAUGGCUCGUUGGCCCACUAACAUCCAACUCAAUGUAUAUGCGUACGACGAUUACUUUUAUGGCGAUACUGAUGGGGAUGGAGUUCUGGAUCGUCUUCCCCCCAACUCCGCUGCUCCAAAUUAUCUUAACAUGACAACCCCUCCGCAUCCACAUCUCGCUUGGGCAGUCGUCAUCGAUGACCGCACUGGAAGAUGGUGGCUUGAACCUCGUGGUCGCUCCGUCGUUGCCGCGAUCAUGUAUGGUCUCCUCCUUUCCAUACCGCUCAUAACUGCCACACUGGCCGUCUUCAUCUUCCGUUGGUCGUUCUACGGAAUCAAGAUCAAUCAGUAUGGUAUAAAACCCAAGGAUUCUCAUCACACUUAUUUCCCUCUCUUGGGAUCCAAGGAGAAGGAUGGGUCGACGCAAGAUGACAGUAUAUUCCAUUUUGGUCACAGCAAGCAAAAGGACCUCAUUGGGUGGCCUGAGGUCCCGAACAAACGUCGGAAGGUCCUUAUUGCAACCAUGGAGUAUGAGAUCAUCGAUUGGAAGCUCAAAGUCAAGAUCGGCGGUCUGGGAGUCAUGUCAUCUUUGAUGGGUAAAGCCAUGACGGAUGUCGACUUAAUCUGGGUUAUACCAAAAGUCAAGGACCUCGAGUAUCCUCAAGGCGAACCAGCAGAACCCAUUGAAGUGAUCAUCUUUGGCCAACCCUACCUGAUUGAGGUCGAGACCCACGUCCUAGACAACAUUACUUAUGUAAUUUUGGACAGCCCUGUAUUCCGGGCCCAAACGAAAUCGGAUCCCUACCCCCCUCGCAUGGAUGACCUUAGCUCUGCGAUAUACUAUUCGACGUGGAAUCAAGCCAUCGCUGCCACCGUCAUACGCUUCCCCCUAGUUGACAUAUAUCACAUCAAUGAUUACCACGGGGCUCUCGUACCACUUUACUUACUCCCUAAGGUUUUACCUGUUUGUUUGUCGUUGCACAAUGCAGAGUUCCAGGGAUUAUGGCCACUACGAACCAAGGAAGAAAUGAGGGAAGUUUGUUCGGCUUUCAAUAUAAGCAAGGAAACCUGUACCAAAUACGUCCAAUUUGGAAACACUUUCAACCUUCUUCAUGCCGCUGCGUCUUUCAUCGCGGAUCACCAGAAGAGUAUUGGCGUGGCUGGUGUCUCCGAUAAGUAUGGCAAGCGUAGUUGGGCUCGAUAUCCCGCGUUAUGGACUCUGAAGCACGUCGACUCUCUUCCUAAUCCUGAUCCGAGUGACAUCGAAGCUCUUGACGAGAAUGCUCCAUCUGUGAAAGAAAUCAAGGUCGACGAGGUUGCUGAGGCCGCGCGGCCGGAGCUCAAGCGCCAGGCUCAGGAAUGGGCAGGCAUUGCUCAAGACCCAAAUUCUAACUUGUUCGUGUUUGUUGGUCGGUGGUCAAAGCAAAAAGGUGUGGAUCUUAUCGCAGAUGUGCUUCCCGGGCUGUUGGCAAAACGCAACGACAUUCAAGUUAUCUGCGUUGGUCCCGUCAUUGAUCUUUACGGCAGAUUUGCGGCGGAAAAACUCGCCCGUCUUAUGAAGAUGCAUCCGGAGAAGGUCUUUUCAAAGCCAGAGUUCACCGCCCUCCCUCCUUUCCUCUUUAGCGGAGCAGAUUUUGCUUUGAUUCCAUCACGAGAUGAGCCUUUCGGACUUGUAGCCGUGGAGUUUGGUCGUAAAGGUGCAUUGGGUGUCGGUAGUCGUCUAGGCGGCCUCGGUUUAAUGCCUGGCUGGUGGUUCCCAGUGGAGUCUACCUCAACUGCCCACAUGCUUUCCCAGCUAUCGAAGACGAUCAAACUGGCGCUGAAAUCAACGACCGAGGAGCGCGCCUUACUUCGUGCUCGGUCUGCUGUUCAACGUUUCCCAGUAGUUGAAUGGCGUCAGAAGAUGGAGGACUUCCAUCGGCGAAGUAUUCACGUCAGCCGUUCUCAUGCAGGCGAAAAUGCAUUCAGGGAGUCCGAUUGUGAUACUUUGGGACCUCUGCCUAUCGGUGUGGAUCAUGAUGAUUGGGAGCCUGAGGCCCAGCCAGAACCCGUGCAGCCUGAGUGGGAUGCUGGAGGUUCGCGCGUUGCCGUCAACUCACAGCAAUUCCUGAGUCCAAACGUGCCAUAUGGCCAACUUCGAAGACCUUUAAGCACAGUCAGCCUUGCGUCUACGACACCAAAUGAACGAGGUGGCGGCGCGGACUACUUCUCGCACCCUGUUGAAUCUGGCUCCGAUCAUGGGUCGCAACCCACGGACGAAGGAUUCGGUAACUUUUUGUCAAGAGCAAAUCGUCAGAUAGCAAAGGACCAAACACACGUUCCGGACCCCUUCCUUGACGAGCACGCCGUGAUCAAUCGACCUUUCCUUCAUCACCGGCUUUCUUCGGCGGAGUCAAUCACAUCUAUAAUGGACGAAAAGGGUGCUUCAUCUCCAUUGAACAAGGCUAUUGCCUCUUUCACUGACGCUGAUGGAGAAGUGGCGCAAAGCUUCGUGGAGAAAUUACAAGACCUAAACGCUGAAAAUUCAAAGGGAGAAUUAUCGAUUGAGAAAUUCUUGACGAAGAGCGAAGCACAAUUCUUCGAGAAAGUGAAAAAGGAUAAGCUUUCGAGCGCUAUGAGUGUCCGAUCAAAUCGUGAUUCAAUGUGGGGUCCCUCAUCGGACUCACGUCCUGAUACUCCAAGCAUGUAUGGCAACUCUUCUUUCCAUCUCGAUGAGUAUUCCGGCCCUCUUCCACAUGGAGAUGAGCCCCCGAUGACCAGGCUGCAGAUUCUGCUGCAGCGCGAGAUUGGUAGCUGGCCCCUGUACACCAUUAUUAUCGCCUUGGGCCAGAUGUUAAGUGCCACUAGUUUCCAGAUCACACUCCUUUCCGGUCAGAAUUGGCAGGAACAGUGGCAAGCGUAUGUCCUUGGUGGCAUCUUCUUGGUCGCUUCGGCGAUCUGGUAUGCGCUGUUCAGACUGAAGCCAUCAGUCUGGAUCCUCACUGCUCCAUGGUUCUUCUUCGCUUUGGCGUUCUUCCUUAUCGGUCUACCCUCCAUAUCAUCGGCCUUCGAGGGCGUCCACAAGUUGCUCUCUGGGGUGGCGACUUGGUCGUACGCCGUUGCAUCUGCUGCUGCGUUCACAUUUUUCGGUCUUAAUUUUGGCGAAGAGGCUGGGGCUGCGACGGAAGUUUGGGCACUACGGGCAUGUAUCGUACAGGGAUCACAACAGCUCUGGGUGGCGGCGCUAUGGUAUUGGGGUAACUCACUGAAUGCCGCUCCUGCCGACUACCGUCCUCCGUGGUGGAUCGUAUGCAUUCUCUGGCCGCUUUCGGCCAUGUGCUUGCUCUUUGGCUUCUGCAUGGCGUACGGAUUGCCAGAAUACUACCGUCAAGUACCACCCAAGGUACCUCAUUUCCUCAAGACCUUGUUCAGGAGAAAACUUGUUCUUUGGUUCUUGGCUUCCGAAAUUCUUCGGGACUACUGGCUGAGUGGACCCUACGGACGAAAUUGGGCCUUCCUAUGGAGUGCCCCUUUCAGCAAGCUCUUUAUCCUGGCUCUCGUUCUUAUAUUCUUCAUCCUCGUUUGGGGUGUUGUGAUGGGUAUUCUGACGUACUACGCCCAGUCUCACACAUGGCUUUUGGCUGUAUUCGCCGUCGGUCUUGGUGCACCAAGAUGGUGUCAGAUAUUGUGGAGUACCUCUUCGCUUGCCUUGUACAUACCUUGGGCUGGAGCCGCUGGUCCAUACCUUGGGACUUCACUAUGGCUUUGGCUCGGAGUAUUGGAUGCAGUUCAAGGUGUCGGGUUGGGCAUGAUCCUGCUGCAGACCUUGUCACGGCUACACGUCUGCGCAACACUGGCAUUUUCGCAAGUAAUUGGAUCUAUUGCCGUUAUGGUUGCUCAUGCUACCGCUCCCAAUCGCAUUGGGCCAUCGAGUGUGUUCCCGGAUGCUUCAACAUGGGACUUCCAAAGCGGAUUGAAAGGGAGUCCUCUUGCUAGUGCCCCAUUCUGGUUGGCGCUCAUUUGCCAACUAGUUAUCGUCGUUGGUUAUUUCUGGUUCUAUCGCAAAGAGCAGUUGGCUCGGCCUUAGAGGUAUCACUUUUGUUUUAUUCCUUCAUUUUGCAUCAUCUGUUCCCACCUGCCGCCUUCAUACCUACAAUCAUAACGGACUUAAUCACUCACGGGCUUAAUCCUACCCUACUCACUGGAACUCACGAGUGCUGUCAAUGUACCCUCAAUAAUACAUUU